AUGGUCGAAACUACCACCAACGGCGGCGGAGGUGAACACGUCACUGGCGAUUGGUUCUCCGUGCCGGAACUCCGACUCCGCGACCAUCACUUUACCGUUCCUCUUGACUACUCUCUCGACAACCGCACUUGCCCUAAGAUCUCCGUUUUCGCCCGUGAGAUGGUCUCUGUUGGAAAGGAAGAACAGUCCCUCCCAUAUUUAUUGUACUUGCAGGGUGGACCAGGGUUUGAGUGCAAGCGACCUACUGAGGCUGGUGGAUGGAUAAGUAAAGCAUGCGAGGAAUACCGUGUUAUUCUAAUGGACCAGGCAUGUUGUUUCGAAGUACUUUUGAGGUUCAAGAGCAUGUAG